GCUUUGUAUCUGUUGCAGAGAGAAAACGUCAAAGCUGCAUAAGUUUGACUCAAGCCCAGGACUUCUCCAGGACCGGCGCAACAAGAUUCCGGAUGCGCUACGGUCCGUGUCGCAGACUGAUAUGGACGCAUUUGAUGUGCCACUUCAAUCUAAAGCUGCCUUAGGUCUUUUAGGUACAGAAGGUGCGCG